AAUCAUUCUUGUGAUCUGUGCAGUCCUCUUGCUGUGCAAUAUUUCUUCAGCACUUGCCAUUGAUCAUCAACACGAGUUGGAAGCCAUGUUAAAUGUCGAUUCAUCAGCAACUCUCCCACUUCGUAAUGAAAUUCUCUCACGUUUUCAACGUUACUUACAAUUACCUACUCAACAACCUUUUCCACAAUACGAGCUUGCUAUUGAUCAUUUAGUUUCUUGGAGUAGAGAAAUAUUUCCAUCACUCAACUCUGCCGAAUGGGAAGAAUUAUCAUCAGGAGUUAAGAAAAUGGAAAGUUACAAUGCAGCAAUUACUGUUUUUCGUUGCGAAUCAACAAAACCAAAUCUAAUCUUGACAUGGAAAGGUAAAAAGCCAGAGUUGGGAUCAAUUCUAAUCAAUUCACAUAUGGAUGUUGUUCCUGUUGAUGAAUCACAGUGGACUUAUCCUCCAUUCGAAGCCAAAUUAGAAACCAUAACAGAAAGUGAUGGAAAGACCAAGAGAAGAGUUUAUGCCAGAGGUGCACAAGAUAUGAAAAAUGUUGGAGCAGCUUACAUGGAAGUUUUAAAGUUGUUGGUCAAUUCGGAAUAUAAACCAGAGAGAACUUUACAUGUUAUAUUUGUUGCUGAUGAAGAAAUUGGUGGACAAGAUGGAUGGGGUUGUUUGAUUGGUGAAAGUCAAGCAGAAUUGUGGAAAUCUUUGAAUGUAAGAUUUGGAUUAGAUGAGGGAUUAUCCAGUGGAUUGAACUCUGAUGUCAUUCCAAUUUUCUAUGGUGAAAAGGCCACAUGGUUCUUUGAAAUUACAGCCACUGGAAAUGUUGGACAUGGCUCUCAAUUUAUUCAAGAUACAGCCACUGAAAAGAUUUACAGAUUACUGAGAGAUAAGGUAUUCCCAUUCAGAGAACAACAACAAGUUCAAAUGAGAUUACAAACAGAAAAUGAGAAGAAAAAGUCAUCUGCUAGCCACGUCAUUUCUAUCAAUUUGACUGGUUUGAAAGCUGGACAUACCAAUAAGGAGACUGGUGAAUUUUCAAGCCCAAACGUAAUUCCAAGAACUGCCACAGCUGUUUUUGAUAUGCGUGUUGCAACUCACUUGGAUUUACAUGAAGUUGAUGCUAUGCUUCAUCAAUGGGCUGAAAGUGUGAAUGGCACUCUCAAAUACUUGAAAAGAUCAAUGGAAAAUGGAUUGACUGAUUUGGAAGAUGAAAUGGUUAAAAGAUUCCUCAAAGUUGUCAAUUCCAAAAUGACCACUAAUUUAAUGAUUGUACCAGCAGGAACAGAUGCCCGAUUUCAAAGAAGUAAGGGUGUGAACGCACUUGGAUAUAGUUUCAUGCCUUUCACCCAAAGUUUAUUCCAUAAUAAUGAUGAAUAUCUUGAUGAGGACAUUUACAUUCAAUCUAUCAUUCACUAUGUUGAUAUUUUGAAAGAAAUGUUAUUGGAAUAAACCUCUCUAUUA